CCCCCCCCCACCUCUUUUGCAAUCACGUCUCGUCCCAUCAGCACCUGGAUAUAAAGGAUGCAACAGUGUGCAACUGCUUGACUCUUCUUUUGCAAUCGGUCCCAAGAUGAAGGCAGCUGCAGUUCUUCUUACUGUGGGCUUUUUUGUGCUUGCGAGCGCCCAGGACCCGCAGGAGCCCUGGUGUAACUGUGCCGCCUUCGUGUCCUACGAGCACUCGGAGAUCAAGGUGUACCAGGGGCCUUUGAUCAGCCUCAGCCACUGUGACUACACGGAGAGGUGCAAGGAGCUGUGCGUCGCGGAGCUUCGUAAUUUGAGCAACAGCGGCGACCUGUUCUACGAGGUGGACGGCCAAACAGUGGGUCAAUAUAUCUGCAAUAAUCUGGCAGAUAUCGGCUUUGUAGCUAUGCACAACAAAUACGUAUACGGAUACUUCGAGGUGUGUGGUGGUGCAUGGCAAUACGCUGACGUGAUGACUCAGCAGCAACUUUGCUGCACUAUGGGCCAGCACAAACACUGUACAGAUUAAAACAUAAAAAUAAAAAUAAAAAAUACA